AUGACUGCCCCAAGGCCUUGCUCACUGGCAUCAGCGGCGACGACGAUCGUCAAGCAUUUGACUGAGAUGUUUGGAGAAAAGCUGUCGCUUUUCAGUCGACGUUUCCUCGCCUUUCGCGUAGCGAAAGAGCACGAUGAGGAUAUGCGAUCCUACGCCGCUCGCGUCAACAAAUUAUACGAGCAAGGUCGCGUCAAGGAAAUGAAGGAAGAUGAAGAAAAGUGUUUACUUUUCGUUGCUGGACUGUCAGACCAGGCACAUCGCGACAUCCGCAAGAAAUUGAUCCGUAUUCUUGAGUCAAAGAAUGACGUGAAACUGGAUGAUCUGCUGCGCGAGUGUGACCUGCAGACGAGCCUGAACAUGGAUGUUGUGGUCGAACAGCAUGCCAGUGUCAACCGUAUCCAGCAGUCGGGAUACCGAAAGAAUUGGAACAAGGGCCCAAAGCCUACCUCUAGCAAUGGUGGCUCAAAGCCUUGUGAUGCCAAUGAUCGGCCCCGUGGAGACAAACGAAAUGAUGUGUGUCAUCAUUGUGGAAAGCGAGGACACUGGGCAAAAGAGUGUCGCUCAGAUUCUGGAAACCGUGGAGGUAGUUUUUCCAAGCAAGGAAAACAAAACCGAAACAAGGACUGGAAACCGAAGGUGAACCAGGUUGUGCAGAUCAAUGCUAUUGAUUCAACACGCAAGGAUGUUGAAAUCUCAAUCGAAGGCAAUCAUUUUACGCUGCAAUUAGAUACUGGCGCCGCCGUAACUAUUAUUGACGAGGCUGUGUGGCAUCAGUUGAAUUGCCCACCACUUACGCCGUCCGAUAUUCAACUACGUGCUGCCAACGGGACAUGGUCGUUGCUUUGUCACCAAAGACAUUCGGUUGAUGGGGCUGGAUUGGAUCAAUCAGCUGCCACAAUUCGCAUCCUGUUUCGA